CCGGAUUUUAAUCUAUGGCUGAGUAAAAACUCCUAAGCAGUGUUGUUGUAUUUGUAUGAACUUUUCGGAAGCAGAAAAACAAGCAGUAAUCGAAAAUUCAGCUUGUUUUGGAUCAAUAUCUAAAUUGUGCGGUCAGCUUACGCCCAGCAGCAGCAGCAGCAGCCCGGCCGGUGCAGGCAGCGUUCAGCACCAUGGAGAGCAGCGUGGUGCACAUCUACAAAGACGACAGGUGUCCCUCGGGCCAGCCGGAGGAGUGUUUCCCAAACUUCACGUGGCAACCCGGCUCAUCAGACAUCUUCAACUACACACCCAACGGCACUUGGGACGCUGAACCCGAGCCCAUGUCGCCCAUCAUCCCCAUAAUAGUCGCAGUGUACUCCGUGGUGUUUGUGGUUGGCUUGGCGGGCAAUUGUUUGGUGAUGUAUGUCAUCAUUAGAUACACCAAAAUGAAAACAGCCACCAACAUCUACAUUUUCAACCUGGCUGUGGCCGACGCUCUGGUCACCACCACCAUGCCCUUCCAGAGCACCGACUAUCUGCUCAGCUCCUGGCCGUUUGGCGAGGUGGCGUGCAAAGUCUUCAUCUCCAUCGAUUACUACAACAUGUUCACCAGCAUCUUCACCUUGACCAUGAUGAGCGUGGACCGCUAUGUGGCCGUGUGCCACCCUGUCAAGGCCCUGGAUUUCCGCACCCCCGUCAAGGCCAAGAUCAUCAAUGUGAUCAUCUGGGUGCUGUCGUCUGCUGCUGGGAUCCCUGCCAUGAUACUUGGCAGCACAAAGACCAAAAAUGGGAUUACAGAGUGUGCCUUACAGUUCCCUGAGCCCUACAGCUACUGGGACACCCUGAUGAAGAUCUGUGUCUUCAUCUUUGCCUUUGUGGUACCCGUCAUCAUCAUCACCGUCUGCUACACGCUGAUGGUCAUGCGGCUGAAAAGCGUGCGCCUACUGUCAGGCACACGUGAGAAGGACCGCAACCUGCGCCGGAUCACCCGUUUGGUUCUGGUGGUGGUUGCCGUCUUUGUGGUGUGCUGGACUCCCAUCCACAUCUUCAUCUUAGUCAAGGCUCUGUCUGGCAACGUCCCAGAGACCACCGCCGUCAUGGCUGCCUACUUCUUCUGCGUGGCGCUGGGCUACACCAACAGCAGCCUCAACCCCAUCCUCUACGCCUUCCUGGAUGAGAACUUCAAGAGGUGCUUCAGGGACUUUUGCUGCCCAGGCGCCCAAAGACACGGAGACCCUCAUGGGGUGAGCCGAGUGAGGAGCACCCUGCGGGACCACACAUGUCCCACAGAAGCCCGGGGAGAUAUGAGGCAGGCCCAGCCUGUAUGACUAGCCAUGGACACAUCCUUUAUGCCCUAUCAGGGCUGGGAGGACUCCAAUGACCUAGGAUUGACUCAAGUCACCACUGCCAUCUAAGGGAAGGCUAUAGAGGGCCAGGUAUUUAUUUAUCCAGCAUGUUGGUCAGAGAAUCCAAAAGCAGAUUCACUUACAUUUUUCUUAUUGUCAACAAAUCCGAUGAAAAGACAAAAGCCAUCCCAGAAUUGAUCCUACUAACCAGUAAGCUAUUGCCUGUGUAGCCAAAAGCUAAUAUAGGUUAUUCCUUCAUUGUUGUCAAAAAACUAUUGGCAUGACAUGUUCCUUCAUUGUGAUUAACAUGGCACUUCUUCACAUUCUGAAUUAAUCCCAGCGUCAUCCUGCUGCCAGAAAUACUCACUCGACGACCAAAUAUGUAUCAAUCUACCGCUGACAAUAGUCCUCAACAAAUACACAAUUUACUGUUGUUAGAGACUUUUUUUCAAAAAUGCACAGUACCCAGCUGUCUGAUAAUGACUUCAAAUAAAAUAAAAAAGAAGCUAUAUAUAUCUAUA